UGAUCCUUAUGAUAACGUGUAAGAGAUUUCUUUGUUGAUAAAUUACCAGGAUAUGGAUCAAAAGACAUUUCUAACAAGACUUUAAAAAAUGAUUUGGAAAGUAAUACCACUCUUUACCACAAGAGGGAGUAGGAUUCCGCCAAUACACCUGUUAUUAUAUUUCUACUACUCCAGCUAUUAUGUAGCAAUACACACGAGCUCGUGAAGUGUUAGAUGAGCGAAUAACACGACAAACAGCAAAGACUGCCUUGAUUUAUUUCGACUGAAUAUGUAUUCUGCUCACUUUCAAAUAGUGCGUUUGUGUUUUUAAAAAUAUAAAAUAUGCAAAAUAGUGAGACCUGAGCUAAAUAAAUAGAAACAAUAUUCAGAAAUGGCUUUUUAUUCACAGUGACACUAAUUGCAGGGCAGCCGGCUGCGUCUUUCUAAAGCGUCAAGCGUUUUUUUUUAAUAAGAGAAAAACAAAGGUCUAAAACCACUGAUUUUUUAAUUUAUUUAUUGUUAUUAUUCUGUAAAAAAGUUAUUUUGAAAAGCAAAAAUCAAAGAAAAGUUAUGUAAAAUGAAUAAGACAUAUUGGUAACACUUUAGUAUAGCGACCAAUUCUCACUAUUGACUAGUUGAUUAUUAGCAUUAUGAACAUAUUGGCUGUUUAUUAGUACUUAUAAAGCACAUGUUCUGCAUGACCUUAUUCUACAUCCCUAAUCCUACCCAAUAUACAUAAAUUUGACAACUACCUUACUAACUAUUAAUAAGCAGCAAAUUAGGAGUGUAUUGAGGCAAUAGUCAAUGUUAAUGUAUUGUUAAUAGCGAGAAUUGGACGUUAAAAUACAGUUUGACCGAAAUAUUUAAGAUUCCUAACUUAUUCUUCUGCUAGCUCACUAGUCAAAUGUAAGCAAAUUAGUGAACUCGAUCAGGCUUUCUUGCUCCUCCCAAAUCGUGCAACUACAAUCAUCAGGUUUAGUCCAGUUUGAUGUCAAAUUCAUGCAUUUUCUUCAAUAUUUGCAAUAAAUCAAAGUUAACAACAGCAUGUUCAUUAGACUUUUGGGUUGCACUUUAUUUUAAGGUGUCCUAGUUACAGUGUAAUUAUACAUUUAAGUACUGAGUAAUAUUAAUUAAAUACGUAAAUAGCCUAUACUUUAAGGUUACUUGCAUGCAAUUAUGCAUAUAAUGUAUUGUUUUUAUAAUAGUAAGUAGCCUACAUGUAACAAGGACCCCUUUAAAUAAAGUGUUACCGACUUUUGGAUCCCACUGUAUUAUAUCAGUAAUCAGUCCAUGCUUUUUACAUGCAUUCUAAUACAUGACUAUAUCACAUUUCUGUAUUUUUGUUAGCAAAUCUGUGUUGGAUUUAACUGCGCAAAAGAGGACAAAUCGAAACCGAACUCUUUCAAAGAAUCAUUGUUAUGUUCAAAAGCAUCUAUAAAGCCAUUCGCCUUUUAUUCCGCACAUUUUGUGGUUUCUCAUUCAGUUUAAAUCCACCAAUGGGCUUUGAGGCUGCGGAUAUUGGGAUGUAAAUGAGCGCACCGCGCGUGCUGGCGCAGUGAAAGCGUCCGAUUGUUUAUUGAGCUCGCGGAGCCACGCGCCCGGCUCGCGGAACGUCACCCGGCGGGCGGAGUCCCGCGCGAGAAGCGUGCGUCUUCAAAGGGGGUGGGGUGUCCGACGCGUGUUGAAAAAGCCGAGAGCUGCCAAAGUUUGUAGCAGAUGCGAGGGACCACAACACCACGCGAAGGGCACGAGAGUCGUGCGUCGCUAGUUUUUUGACAGUGACACUGGACUUGUAGUUCGAGAAGAUUUUCCAAAAAACAUGGAUGCUGCCCAAAGUGCAUGCAACGCGUCCGUCAUCCUGCAAGAUUGCGCGCAAACCAAGUCGAAGGUGCUGAAGAGACAGCGCUCGCGCUCGCGCUCGCCGGAGCUGUUGCGCUGCAAGCGGAGGCUCGCGUUUAACGGGCUGGGAUACACCAUCCCGCAGCAGCAGCCCGUCGCGGUGGCGCGACGCAACGAACGCGAGAGGAACCGCGUCAAACAGGUCAAUAUGGGAUUCCAGACACUGCGCCAGCACGUCCCCAACGGCGCGGCCAAUAAGAAGAUGAGCAAAGUGGAGACGCUCCGCUCCGCGGUGGAGUACAUCCGCGCGUUGCAGCAGCUUUUGGACGAGCACGACGCGAUUUCUGCCGCGUUCCAGUGCGGCGUUCCGUCGCCGACGCUCUCCAACGCGUACUCGGCCGAUCCCGAGUCGCCACACUCCUCCUAUUCGUCCGAUGAAGGGAGUUACGAGCCCCUGAGCUCUGAAGACCAAGAGCUGCUGGACUUCACAACUUGGUUUGAUCGCUACUGAUACGUUCCUUCAUGUGACAGCUGGAAAACCCAGAUUAUGGAACGUGGUUGCUGGUUUAUUGCUGGUAUGGUGGUUUGUUACUGGUCCAAGAUGUUCUAGAAACCAGCAACUGUGUUCCAAACAAACCUGGACUCUUGUAAACUUCACAGAUGCUGCUUUGUUGACUCGACAGGCGGCAGUCUGGGACGCUGUGGCUUAGUGGUUAAGCUGGAAAUGGUUGUAGGUUCAAGCCCCAGUGGGGUCGAUGAGCUUGUACAAUUGCGAAACAAGUCAAGACUGCUGGAUGAACACAUUUCAUAAGUGCAAUUGUGGGCAUGUUAUGUCUAAACUGAUGCCGUUUAGAUGAGACCAACUUCCCUAAGAAUGUCAAGUUAAUGGGAAUAUUGAUUAUUAUUACCUACAACCAACUACCAGGUCUGCUUAAGGACCUACAUUGAAAUUUGUACAAUAACUUUUUGUAUUGUUAAAGAUGAAGAUAUAUUUUUGUAAAUGGAGCACAGCAGCCUCUUUGUGACAAUGAACGCUGUUAGAUUGUUGUGAUUAAUGAUAAUAAUAACCGUUCCGUUUAGAUCAAAGUUGUUUUUAACACUGGAGAAGAGUUGAUCUGUCGAUCUGUAUUUAUCAAAAUUUUAUUGUCUAGAUGUAGUUCUUCCUGUGAAACCAUACAUGGUGGACUUUUUCAAUGCACUUGUCCAUUUUUUAGUAGUGUACAUAAAUGAUUUUAACAAAUAUAUUUUGUGCAAAUGUUUUUAUAAAUAAAUCUGCUCUAUUUAUACGUACGUCAGUGUUUCUGGUUGAUUUUCAAACUCAUUCAAACCUAACUAAAAAUAAAGAUUCUUUAGAAGCAUCGACGGUUCCAUGAAGAACCUUCAACAUCCAUAGAACCUUCUCAAAGUGGAAAAAUGUUCUUAAGAAAACUGUUCACUGGAAGGCUCUUUUUGGAACCAAAAAUGGUUCUUCAAUGGCUUUGCUGCAAUAAUACCCCUCUUUAUUUGUAAGAGUGAGGUGAUCAUCCCUGUGGUUGUGGAAGAAUGACAAAACGCCCUUUUUGUCUCUUUACAAAGACACUGUACAUAGAUGGGCUAUUUCCACCCUUUCUAGGGGCCGUUUUGCGAUGACAAAGUUGGGUCAGAAUUCUCAUCCGAUGGCGAUUGGUCUAUUUUUAUUGUCGGUGUAUAACCCCAACUGAGUUUUUCAGCCCUGUCGAACCAAACCAAAGACGCCAUUUUACCAUUGUGCCUCCCAACAGGUGCCUUUAUGCAUUUAUAUAUGUGUAAUGACACUGCUUAUUGUUAAUAAUUGAAAUAAUGACUUGAAUUUCACCUGCAGGCUUUUACAUUUCAAAUGGGCCCAAUAAAAACUCAGAGACCCCAUUUAAUGAUCCCUCAAUAGGCGGCCCAUGAAGAGUUUUAAUGGAUGCAGCUCAUGCAUAAAAACUUUGAUUAGUUUUUGUGGUUGUAAAAGGCAAGAUAAAGAUCUAUUAAGCUCCUCCAAAAACAGGCACAUGAUACCCUCCAUCCCACGUAAGGGGGGCACUGAUGCCCCCUUGGCCCCCAUAAAGAGUUUUUCUAAGCAGGUGUGAGGCACGUGCCUGUGUUUGGUGGGACACAUCUGCUCCACCCCAUUGGCUAGCUGACGAACCCUCUCGGUUGGAGUUUUAAAAAAUAAGGGAGUGAUUUAUGACAGUAAUUAUUCAUCUCUUUAUGGAUUCUUCUAUAUAUUUUAGGGCACCAAAAGAAACACAUACUCAGCAUAAAUCACCUACUGGUGGGCUAUUGUUUAAUUUUGAAAUAUAGUUCAUCUUCGCUGACCUUCACGGGGUCUGAAAUGACGCGUCACUGUGUUUAAUGCAGGGCCGACUUUAGUUUCUAAGAGAAAGAACACUUGAAGUGUGAUUUAUGUCAUGAUAUUUAGUGCAAAGUGACUGGAUAUUCAAGUGCACCCCAGAAAAUUAGAAAACUUGGGUUUUUAAAAGAAAAUCCUUUCAUCCAGAUUAAGUAUGAAUAACCUGGAAAAAUACAUUUCUCACAAACAUAAUUUACAUAAUUAAAUCGAAUUAACCAAUGAUUUGAAUGCAUGCGCAACUUUCAGCAAAGAAAUAAGCCCACAAAUAAGUAUGCAAUAUAAUAUAAUGCAAUAUAUUAAUUUUAAAAGUUAAAUAAUAGUUUUAAAAUAUGUCUAGCUAUCUGUUUUUAUGUAUCUACUUUAUCUGUCACUACCGUUAAAAUAGUAAUUAUGCUCACAAAGGCUGCAUUUAUUUGAUUAAAAACAUAGUAAAAACAGUAAUAUUAUGAAAUGCUAUUGCAAUUUAAAAUAACUGUUUGCUAUGUGAAUAUAUGUUAAAAUGUAAUUUAUUCCAGUGAUACAAAGCUGAAUUUUCAGCAUCAUUACUCCAGUCUUCAGUGUCACACAAUCCUUCAGAAAUCAUUCCAAUGUGCUGAUUUGCUGCUCAAGAAACAUUUCUGAUUAUCAUCAAUGUUGAAAACAGUUGUGGUGCUUCAUAUUUUGUUGAAAACUGAUAUACAUUUUUUUCAAGAUUCUUAAAAAACAAACAAAAAAAAAAAACACACAAACUGACCAUGAACUUUAAGUAGUAGUGUAUAUUUUAAAUAUAUAUUUAGAGGUCUAUUAAGGGGCCCAUGGCAGAGUGAUGCGUUCAGCCACACCUUGCAGCACCUGUGUGGGCGGAGCCUGACCAUAAACUAAACUGAGUGUGAUGAGAAUCCAGCCACUGUUGCUUGUAAAGUGAUGAAAGUGGACCUUGUCUUGGCUUGUAGUGGCUUUCCUCAGAAGGCAAUUCCACCUGGGUCUGUUUUAAUGGCCCUUUGAGCAAUGUUUGAUUUCAAAGCCUGGAGAAAAAAAUACAUAUUUUUCUUCAUAUACAUUUUUUGAAUGUUUGAGAAAAAAAAAUAAAAAAUACAAAAAAUAAAUAAAUAAAAUGGCAGGAAAAGAAAGAUGAAAACUUGCGAGGGUGUGUAUAGCAAUGGGAGGUUAUUCUCUCUAUUCCAUGAAUAUGAUCAUUAAGGACCAAGUCCCAUGUUUCUGUAUGAGAACUGUUAGAUCAACCUGAUCUCACAGAAUUCCGUGUAAUGUUCAC